GUACAGCACAGAAAAGCUAACACCGGAAGCUUAAGGAUACGAGUAAUAAGUUUUCUUGGCUUUCCUAUGGAUUCCGUUGAAGCAAACUUCACCAUACAAAGUCAUACAGAGGAAAAACAAGGCGUCCACACCUAUGUUUCCCAGUGGCCUAUAUCGGCAAUAGCAUGGUCAAUGCGCCGUGACAAAACCCCACGCCUCGCCAUUGGUAGUUACUUAGAAGAGUACACCAACAAGGUUGAACUGGUCCACUUUAACUAUGACACGUUUAAUUUCACCACCGACCCUCGUUUAGUUCUUGACCAUCCUUAUGCACCAACAAACCUUAUGUUCUUUCCCUCCGAGGAUGACACGAAUCCUGACCUCAUUGCCACUUCAGGUGACAGCUUAAGAUUAUGGGAAAUCCAUGAUGACCGUAUUCAACUAAAGUCCCCACUAAUUGGUAACAAAGUAAAUCAGAACUCGGCUAUAACCUCAUUUGAUUGGGCAGUGUUUGAUACCCGUCUUGUGGCUACUUCUAGCGUGGACACUACAUGCACCAUUUGGGACAUAGAAAGGGAAAUUGUGAACACACAAUUAGUGGCACACGACAAAGAAGUGUAUGACAUUUCGUGGGGUGGAUUUAAUGUGUUUGCUUCCGUGUCCGGUGAUGGUUCUGUCAGGGUAUUUGAUUUAAGAGACAGAGAAAAAUCAACCAUAAUAUAUGAAAAUCCUGUUCAGGAUUGUCCUUUGUUGCGUUUGGAAUGGAAUAAAAGUGACUCGAGGUUUAUGGCCACGGUCGGAAUGAACAGCAAUAAAGUGGUAAUCAUAGAUAUUAGGUUACCAACCAAACCUUUCAUGGAAUUAAGUAAGCACAUGACAAGUGUUAAUGCUAUAUCAUGGUCUCCAAAUUUGGGACGAUAUUUGUGCUCCGCUAGUGACGAUGCAAGGGCUUUGAUUUGGGAGAUGAUGGACACAGGAUUCCCAACAGGGAUUAAUGGUGGUGAUGUGGAACCCACUAUGUGGUAUGGAUCUUCAGCUGCAAUCAAUCACGUGCGUUGGUCUCCGGUGCAGAUGGACUGGAUUGCCCUUGAUUUAUUGAAUCACUUGCAGCUGCUCAAGUUGUAA